CCGUCCGUCCGUCCGGCGCGGGGUGGCCGCCAGCCGCGCUCCGGCUCGUGGAGGGAGGCGCCCGCCCGGGAGGGGUGCGGAGCCCAAGCAUGGGGCCGGGCGAGCGCUGAGAGUCUCGGCUGCAGCCUUCAGCCCUGGAGAUGACCAGGAGCGGCCACUGCUGAGAACUAUGUGGAGAGAGGCUGCGAGCCCUGCGGCAGAGCCUCCGGCUGGGAUAGCCGCCCCCCGUGGGGGCGAUGCGGACAGCUCGGGACAGCCAGGGGAGCGCGCGGGGGCCGCAGCAUGCGGGAACCCGCUAAACCCGGUGGCUGCUGAGGCGGCCGAGAUGCUCGUGCGCGCGGCGCGCCCCACCGCAUCCUCGACCUUCUCCGGCUACAGGGACCGUCAGUGGCGGCGACUAUGGGCAGACUGGGCUACUGGGCGCUGCUGGGACUGGCGGCCCUUCUGGUGUGGCGCGGCCCGGCGCCCGCGGCGGCGGCCGAGAAGGGGCCUCCGGCGCUGAACAUCGCGGUGCUCCUGGGCCACAGCCACGACAUGACGGAGCGCCAGCUGCGGACGCUGUGGGGGCCCGAGCAGGGCGCGGGGCUGCCCCUCGACGUGAACGUGGUGGCGCUGCUGAUGAACCGCACCGACCCCAAGAGCCUCAUCACGCACGUGUGCGACCUCAUGUCGGGCGCCCGCAUCCACGGCCUGGUGUUCGGGGACGACACGGACCAGGAGGCCGUGGCGCAGAUGCUGGAUUUUAUCUCCUCGCAGACGUUCGUGCCCAUCCUGGGCAUCCACGGGGGCGCGUCCAUGAUCAUGGCUGACAAGGACCCAACAUCCACCUUCUUUCAGUUCGGUGCGUCCAUCCAGCAGCAGGCCACAGUCAUGCUGAAGAUCAUGCAGGACUACGACUGGCACACCUUCUCGCUGGUCACCACCAUCUUCCCCGGCUACCGGGAGUUCAUCAGCUUCGUCAAGACCACGGUGGACAACAGCUUCGUGGGCUGGGACGUGCAGAACGUCAUCACCCUGGACACAUCCUUCGAGGAUGCCAAGACGCAGGUGCAGCUGAAGAAGAUUCACUCGUCAGUAAUCCUGCUCUACUGUUCCAAGGACGAGGCCGUGGCCAUCCUGAGCGAGGCGCGGGCGCUCGGCCUCACAGGCUACGACUUUUUUUGGAUCGUGCCCAGCCUGGUGUCGGGCAACACGGAGCUCAUCCCCAAGGAGUUCCCCUCAGGCCUCAUCUCCGUGUCCUAUGACGACUGGGACUACAGCCUGGAGGCCCGGGUCCGGGAUGGCCUGGGCAUCCUCACCACGGCCGCCGCGUCCAUGCUGGAGAAGUUCUCCUACAUCCCAGAGGCCAAGGCCAGCUGCUAUGGGCAGUCAGACAAGCCAGAAGCCCCUCAGCACACACUGCACCAGUUCAUGGUGGACGUGACGUGGAACGGCAAAGACCUGUCCUUCACCGAGGACGGCUACCAGGUGCACCCCCGACUGGUGGUCAUCGUGCUGAACAAGGACCGGGAGUGGGAGAAGGUGGGCAAGUGGGAGAACCAGAGCUUGAGCCUGAGGCAUGCCGUGUGGCCGCGCUACAAGUCCUUCUCGGACUGCGAGCCCGACGACAACCACCUGAGCAUUGUCACCCUGGAGGAGGCCCCGUUCGUCAUCGUGGAAGACAUCGACCCGCUCACCGAGACCUGCGUCAGGAACACGGUGCCCUGCCGCAAGUUCGUCAGGAUCAACAACUCAACCAAUGAGGGAAUGAACGUCAAGAAGUGCUGCAAGGGCUUCUGCAUUGACAUCCUCAAGAAGCUCUCCAGGACCGUGAAGUUCACCUAUGACCUCUACCUGGUGACCAAUGGGAAGCACGGCAAGAAAGUGAACAACGUGUGGAACGGCAUGAUCGGGGAAGUGGUCUACCAGCGGGCGGUCAUGGCCGUGGGCUCACUCACCAUCAACGAGGAGCGCUCGGAGGUGGUGGACUUCUCCGUACCCUUUGUGGAAACGGGCAUCAGCGUCAUGGUCUCCAGGAGCAACGGGACUGUCUCCCCCUCCGCGUUUCUAGAGCCCUUCAGCGCCUCCGUCUGGGUGAUGAUGUUCGUCAUGCUUCUCAUCGUCUCCGCCAUCGCCGUCUUUGUCUUCGAAUACUUCAGCCCGGUCGGGUACAACAGGAACUUGGCCAAAGGGAAAGCACCCCACGGGCCGUCGUUCACCAUCGGGAAGGCCAUCUGGCUGCUCUGGGGGCUGGUGUUCAACAACUCCGUGCCCGUGCAGAACCCCCGGGGGACCACGUCCAAGAUCAUGGUGUCCGUGUGGGCCUUCUUCGCCGUCAUCUUCCUGGCCAGCUACACAGCCAACCUGGCCGCCUUCAUGAUCCAGGAGGAGUUCGUGGACCAGGUGACAGGGCUCAGUGACAAGAAGUUCCAGCGCCCUCACGACUACUCCCCACCAUUUCGGUUUGGAACGGUGCCCAACGGCAGCACAGAGAGAAACAUCCGCAACAAUUACCCCUACAUGCACCAGUACAUGACCAAGUUCAACCAGAAGGGCGUGGAGGACGCCUUGGUCAGCCUGAAAUCUGGGAAGCUGGACGCCUUCAUCUACGACGCGGCCGUGCUGAACUACAAGGCAGGCCGGGACGAGGGCUGCAAGCUGGUGACCAUCGGCAGCGGCUACAUCUUUGCCACCACGGGCUACGGGAUUGCCCUGCAGAAGGGGUCCCCCUGGAAGAGGCAGAUUGACCUGGCGCUGCUCCAGUUUGUGGGUGACGGGGAGAUGGAGGAGCUGGAGACUCUGUGGCUCACGGGCAUCUGCCACAACGAGAAGAAUGAGGUCAUGAGCAGCCAGCUGGACAUUGACAACAUGGCGGGUGUGUUCUACAUGCUGGCAGCCGCCAUGGCCCUCAGCCUCAUCACCUUCGUCUGGGAGCACCUCUUCUACUGGAAGCUGCGCUUCUGCUUCACCGGCGUGUGCUCCGACCGCCCAGGGCUGCUCUUCUCCAUCAGCAGGGGCAUCUACAGCUGCAUCCACGGGGUGCACAUCGAGGAUAAGAAGAAGUCCCCCGACUUCAGUGGCUCCCAGAGCAACGUGCUAAAGCUGCUGCGCUCAGCCAAGAGCAUGUCCAAUGCUCCCCACGCGAACCCCCCGCGCAUGGACUCCCCGCAGGGCACAGCCGACUUCAUCCCCCGGGGCUCCCUCAUCAUGGACAUGGUCCCCGACAAGGGCAACCCCAUCUAUGCCGACCCCCGCUCCUUCCAGGGCAAGGACGGCUUCUUCGGCGACAGCAUGAACGAGCUGCAGACGUUCGUGGCCAACCGGCACAAGGACAGCCUCAACAACUACGUGUUCCCGGGCCAGCACCCGCUGACGCUCAACGAGACCAACCCCAACACAGUGGAGGUGGCCGUGAGCACGGACGCCAAGGGCAGCUCCCGGCCGCGGCAGCUCUGGAAGAAAUCCAUGGAGUCCCUGCGCCAGGACUCCCUGAGCCAGAACCCGGCGUGCCCGCGGGAGGACGGGCCCGGCGAGAACCGCAGCCACUCGCUCAAGAGCCCGCGCUACCUGCCCGAGGAGCUGGCCCACUCGGACAUCUCCGAAGCGUCCAGCCGGGCCACGGCCUACCGGGAGCCGGACAACAGCAAGAACCACAAGACCAAGGACAACUUCAAAAGGUCACUGGCCUCCAAGUACCCCAAGGAGGGCAGUGAGGCCACGGAGCGCGGCUCCUUCUUGAAAACCAAAGCCAGCUCGCCCCGGGACAAGAUCUACACCAUCGAUGGCGAGAAGGAGCCCAGCUUCCACCUGGACCCCCCGCAGCUGGUGGACAACCUCUCUGUGCCCGAGAGUUUCCCGGAUCCCUACGCGGACGUUGGCGAGAACUACCGCAAGGGUGACGCCACGCUGCCCCUCACCCGGAACGCGCAGCCCAGCGGCGGCGGCGACGGAAGCAGCAGCCUGCCCAACAAUGAUCACUACAAGCUCUACUCCAAGCACCUCACCCUGAAGGACACGAGCUCCCCACACAGCGAGGGCAGCGAGCGCUACCGCUCCAACUCCACCCACUGCCGGAGCUGCCUGUCCCACCUGCCCACCUACGCCGGCCACUUCACCGUGCGCUCCCCCUUCAAGUGUGACGCCUGCCUCCGCCUGGGCAACCUCUACGACAUCGACGAGGACCAGAUGCUGCAGGACACGGGCCACCGGGCCAGCCCCGACGAGGCCUACUCGCAGGACUGGGCCCAGAACAACGCCCUCCAGCUGCAGAAGAACAAGCUGCACAUCAGCCGGCAGCGUUCACACGACAACAUCCUCGACAAGGCCCGGGAGGCUGAUGCCGUCGGCCGGGCCAGCCGCAGCGUCAGCCUCAAGGACCGGGAGCGGCUGCUGGAGGGGAACCUGUACGGAAGCCUCUUCAGCGUCCCCUCCAGCAAACUCUUGGGCAACAAGAGCUCCCUCUUCCCCCAGGGCCUGGAGGACAGCAAGCGGAGCAAGUCGCUCCUGCCCGACCACGCCUCCGACAACCCUUUCCUCCACUCCUACGGGAACGACCACCGCCUGGUGAUCGGGAGGUGCCCCUCAGACCCCUACAAACACUCCCUGCCCUCGCAGGCCAUGAGCGACAGCUACCUGCGCUCGUCCCUGCGGUCCACGGCCUCGUACUGCUCCCGGGACAGCCGGGGCCACGGCGACGUGUACAUUUCCGAGCAUGUUCUGCCUUACGCUGCAAAUAAGAAUAAUCUGUACUCGACCCCCAGGGUUAUGAAUUCCUGCAGCAAUAGACGUGUGUACAAGAAAAUGCCUAGUAUCGAAUCCGACGUUUAGCAACACCUCCUGGUCACAUGGUCUGACCCCCCGCCCCCCCAGGGACACCUGCAGAAUGGCCAAGGUUCCAAGGAGGGUAAAUAACGUGUUGGCCGGCGGGCC